AUGUCGUCCGGUCGAAUAAAGUCGUGGCACACAGACUAUGAUGUCGGAAAAUUUUUUUCCAGUUGUGUGAGCGAUUGGGUAAAGUUAUAACUUUAACUUCUACCAAUGGGCAUAGUAUUCAUGCGUGAAGUGAUAGGCUAUUCAUGUAUGUGCUGGCCACCAUCAAGUUGGGGGCUGAGACAAAACAUUGCCACAGGAGCAAGAAAGAUAGGAUAAACUCAUGCAAAAACAAUUCUUUUUGCAUUGUUGGCUCUCAUUCCGUUCCUUCAAUGUACAUAUUUUAAUGUUUUCGCAAUGCAACUUCAAAACAUUCAGAGACUCGGAGGAGAGCCGCGACGCGCCGUCAGCAGACACCUUGGACCUGCCGGACAUCGUCAGGUUCGGAGACCACGAGCCUCGACCUCACCGCGACCCAGGCGCCGAGCACCACUCUUUUCUCUACCAUCCAUCCGUCAUGGGAAGUCUCGAGAAGCUCAUCAGGUCAGUUUUAUCUUUUCUGCGAAACUGUACAGGGAAGUCGAAAAUUAAAAAAAAAUUGUACAAACAAGGAAACCGACGUCUCCGGAUUGAACUUUAAAUUUAGAAAGGGGCUUUUAUCCGAGCUUCGUGAAUGCAAACUCAAUUCCAUAACUUUUACUUUGAAGAAGGGCUAGAAAAUUUUUGAAGAAAGAACUAUCUUACUUGUACAACAAAAAGGAAAAUUGAACUGUUAAAAGUCCAACUGAAAAUAACUCAAUUUUAUCUAACGCUAUGAAAGAUAUUGUAGUGGUGUUUUUUUUAAAUUUUUCUUGAACUACUGCAGUUUCAAGAACUUCGAAAUAAAAUAUGAAUGAGGAUUUUUCGACUUUUUCACCAGCCAAAUUGACAUGGAAAAGGCUAAAGUGCAUUAAGGCCCAAUUUUUUUUCGUUAUGGAAAAUAAAAAUCAUUUUUCUUUUUAUCUGAGUACAGGAGCUUCAACUUGUUGAGUGAAAAACUUGGAAGAUACUACAAAAAAGCGCUCGUCGAAUAA